AUGAAUAAGAAAGUGUGUCAAUGGUUCAAAACUGUAUGGGAUUAUUUUCCUGAUGAAUUGGAUAGUGAUGAAAACUAUAAAUUUGCAUAUGGUGAUCAAAAUUUCAAAAAGUAUUGUACUAGUAAUAGUUGUGAUAGUAAUUUCAAAAAAAUUAAUGCUGCAUGUUUAUAUUUGUUUAAUGCAUUCUUUGGGAAUUCCUUUUCGUUUAAAGAUAAUGCAAAAAAUAACAUCGAUGUUGUUAAUUACAUUAUUAUAUGGUUAAGUUAUAUGUUAAGCCUAAAAAAAGAAAACGGAAUCAAUAAAUUAAACGAUUUCUAUACUGAGCAUAUAGAAAAAAAUACGCAUUAUAAUCAGGAUAUAAGAGAUGUUAGUGAUUAUAAGAAUUAUAAGGAUCUUAUAGAAAAAAAAAAGGAUUUGUUGAAUAUGGAUAUAAAUAAUAAUAUUAUAUCUGAAUUAUAUGAUGCAUUUAAAUCAUUAUAUGAAAUGUAUUCUGCAUUUGGUGAUAUCAUGACAAAUUGCAAAAAAUGUUCGGAUAAAGCUAACAAAUUUGUCGAAAAAUAUAAAAAACUUAAUGGAAAUCCUAGUAUUACUAGUAAUAGUCCCUAUAAUCAAGCAUUGUUUACUUUAUUAACUGAUUAUAAUAAAUUAAAAGAUAAAUGUAAAGACGAUAAAGAUAGCAAUUUUCCAACCCUUCCAGAGAUAAAAACAUCACAAAUUCCUGUAAAAGGUUCUGAAGAAAUUGUACAAAAUUCGGAUGUUACAUCAUCAAGUUUGUCGAUAGUAAGCAAAUUAAUUCCAAUUUUAUCGAUAUUUGGUGCAAUAUCAAUUUUUUUAGGAAUUUCUUAUAAGUAUUCGUUAUUUGGAUUUCGGAAGCGAUCUCAAAAACAUUUAAGAGAAAAGCUAAAAAAAUAA